UCUGGAGGAGCAGCCGGAGGUGGCCGCAUCAGCGCCAUGCGGGCCGGGAGCGUGUAUGGCGGUGCAGGGGGCUCUGGGGUUCGCAUCUCCAGUGCCUCUCGUUCUGUGUCCAUGGCCGGGUCUGGAGCAAACGACAGCAUCAUCGGCAAUGAGAAAUUCACAAUGCAGAACCUCAACGACCGUCUGUCCAGUUACCUCGAGAAGGUGCGUACGCUGGAGAAGGCAAACGCUGAGCUGGAACUUAAGAUCCGCCAGUUCCUGGAAAGCAGAACCUCUCCCUCUGCUCGUGAAUUCACUGGUUUCCAAGGAAGCAUUAGUGAACUGCAAGUCCAGAUCCAGGAUGCCAUCAAAGUGAACAGCACCAUACAUCUCAGCAUUGACAACGCCAGCUUGGCAGCAGAUGAUUUCAGAUUGAAGUAUGAGAAUGAGCUAACCAUGCGACAGACCGUGGAAGCAGACAUUGCUGGGCUGAGGAGGUUGCUUGAUGACCUCAAUAUGGCCAAGAAAGACCUCACUAUGCAGAUUGAGGGCUUGAGUGAAGAGCUUGUCUUCCUCAAGAAGAACCAUGAGGAGGAACUCUUAACCACCCGUGACACAAUGAGUGGCCAAGUUCAUGUUGAGGUUGAUGCAGCACCACAGGAAGACCUCACCAAGGUCAUGGCUGAGAUUAGAGAUCAUUAUGAAGCCAUUGCAACCAAGAGUAGGAGAGAGCUGGAGGGCUGGUUCCAAGCCAAGACUGAGACAUUGAAACAAGAGGUUGCUACCCACACAGAGACCUUGCAAACCACAAAAUCCGAGGUCAGCACGGCAAAAAGCACACAGCAGUCUCUGGAGAUUGAACUCCAGUCUCUCCUUACUGCGAAAGCAUCUCUGGAGAGCACCUUGGCUGAGACGCAGGGUGGCUAUUCCAUGAGGCUGUCUGGCUUCCAGAACCAGAUACACAGCAUGGAGGAGCAGCUGGUGCAGCUUCGUGCUGACCUGGAACGCCAGAGUAACGAGUACCAGAUGCUGCUCGACAUCAAGACCAGACUGGAGCUGGAGAUCGCCGAGUACAGGAGGCUGCUGGAUGCAGAGGCCAGUGGCGGCAUCUCCAUCUCCUCAAGCUCCUCCACCAUCACCAAAUCUGAAGUGAUCACUGUCGUGGAGGAGGUGGUUGAUGGUAAAGUGGUCUCCUCAUCCACUUCAACCGUCAUCCAAAAGUGA